AUGGGGCGAAUUGCCCCCCUGCUGCUCACCCUGGCGGAACUCCUUUUGUACGCACACAAUGCAACAGUCUGUUCUGCGUAUCAUUUGGGAGAAGCGGCGAGGAAGAAGGCUUGCAAAUAUGGUUGCACCGGUAAGGGUAACUCCCUCGUAGAGGCGAAAACCCAAAGCGAGCAGGACUACUUCACCUUAAAGCUGAGUGAACACAACUUCAGGUGGAGUGUGCGCCUGCUGAUGGGGUCGAAGAAGACGCCCCUUCAGUUGGGCGUCGUCACGUCCACCCCCAUAACGGCCCUGUACUGCUCCUACAACGCGAGUGCACGUGAGAGUGACCAAAUGAAGGAUUUAAAAUAUGGGGUAAACGAGUCGGAAGAUGUAAAAUACGUAGGCUGCAAAAGUAGGCAGUGCACUGCUGCACAGCGAGGCAAUUCUUGUGCUCCGAUAAAUCAUUUUCUCAAGAUGAUCCACGAAUUUGGGUUAAGAAAAAAAAAUUGUACCAGUCGAUUUUGCAGCUACAUAAAUGAUAUGAACUUUUUAAAUGUGGACACCCAGUUGGACAAGAGGAACAUGUCCGUGUGUUCGUUCAGCUCGACUGUUGGUUCGGAACACAUAGAGGGUUUUUAUUUUAAAGAUUCUUUUUACCUGCACGAAACGGUUAGAUGCAGCUACAACUACUUCGGCUGCUUAACACAGAGUGACGACUUGACCUUCAAUAAUGCCAUUUCUGGUUUUAUAGGGUUGGCAUAUAACCGUGCAGAUGAUAUGGCUCACUCGAAAGAGUCUCCCUCCAUGAUGCAUACAUUGGUUCAGAAGUCCAUAUCUAAAAGGAACGUCUUUACGUUGUGCUUCGUAGAAGGAGGGGGGUUUGCAUCCUUCGGGGGAGUUAACAAUGAAGCCUUAAGGAAGACCCCCGCUGUAUCUAAACUGCAGAUGAGUUCACAACACCUGGAAGCAGAUGCCCCGCUGGAACUUGUGGCAGACCAGCAAGCCGCUCCGCACCAAAUUGUUUGGCUCGCAUAUUCGGACACUUCCAAGGACACGUACAGCCUCCUCUUGAAGGAGGUCAACCUGGUGUCUGGCUCGAAGCGGGUGGAGAACAGCUACUUCCUCUCCUUCCCAGCGGAAAUCACCGCCAAGCUGAAGACCGCCGUGCACAGCUCCUGCGCGGGCGGGGCCAACACCUGCUCCGAGAUCAUCAACAAGGGGGUGUUCACACUGAAGAACCAGGGCGUGGCGGACUUCCCCGCGCUGGAGCUCGUCUUCGACGACGGGAAGGUGCUGAUCGAGCCCCAGGACUACCUAAUCCACGAAGGCGACGGAGUGUAUAGAGUUUUGCUCAAUUCAGAGGGAACCCUCAAGUUGGGGGUCCCCUUUUUCCUGAACAAGUACCUCAUCUUCGACAAUGAAAGGGGGAAGCUGGGAGUAGGCCCCUCUGAUUGCACCUACAAAAUGAAGGAGACCUUUCCCGGAGUCGACUUGAGCACCCCGGAGGCGGACUCGAAGGGGGACCCCGAGGAUGAGGACUGCACGAGGGAAAGCUUCUUUCAGGCGAACAAGUUAACCAUCCUGGCGCUCACCUCUUUAAGCGUUGUGGGGGGCCUUGUCGGGGGCGUUUUUUUCUUCUGUUAA